CCUUAUCAUACAUUCUCGAGAUAUUGUGUCUCGGAAGUGAUGGAAAUGCGAGCUCCCAUCAACACCGGGAAUCCACUUUCCCCAGGGAAAGCGCAAUUGUAAGGAAUGUACACUUACCCAUUCUUUUUCUCCAUUCUAGAACAUGGCCAAACCACCAAUUCCAUCUCCGUCCUCCUCCGACAACGACAACGACAACGAAAACGAAAACAACACACCCCCUCCCAACACACCUGCGAAACGGAAAGCAAGCAAUCCAAACACCCCCAAACGACUCAGCACCCCACGCAAGCCCUCCGGACCACGAACACCACUGCGCAAAACCUCAGCGCAGAAUGGCAACGCCCAAAAGACACCAGCUUCUGCGCCAGCCCGCGCGCGCAAAGCAGUCGAGCCCACCCUCCUGGGCGACUUCCUCCUCGGCAGACCGAGUCCCGCGAGGCAGCGGACCGCCAGACGGAAGAGCCUCGAUGUCGUGAAGAGGGAGAUGCGCGCCGACGUCGUGGCGAGGGUACAAGCCCCCGGCAAGGUCCAGGAGAGGGUCAAGGAGUGGCAGAAGGCCAGCGCGGGUGCGGGGAAGGGAGAAGCUGCUGAGGAGAUUGUCGUGGAGUAUGAGACGGAUAGUGAGCCGGAGGUGGUGGUGCGGCAGGAGAAGGAGAGGAUUGUUGUGCCGAAACGGCAGACGCCUGCGAAGAGGAAGGAGAAGGCUAAGGACGAUGGGGAGGGAGAGGAUGAUGGGGGGAGGAGAGGGAGGGAUAAUGGAGAUGCGGAUAGAGUGAGGAGUAAGAGUCUUGCGCCGAAGAAGAGGGUGAUCAGUGAUGACCACUGGAGGAAGAAGAAAAGCCCUCCGAGGAAAGGAGGGAAUAUACCGAAGAACUUCUUGCAGGCCACGGCAAUCAAUCCACCAGUCGAGAAGAAGAUUGAGGAUUGGGUUCGCAGAACAGAAAGUGUUGAGCCGGAAAUCGUACUGGAGAGACCGAAGCCCAGGAGUCGUAGUCGGAAAGCUGAGGAGUGGGAGCAUCAGGGAGAGUCGCCGAGGAGUGGAAGGCCUUCAAGACAGGGUACUGAAAGUCCGAGAAGCAGGAAUGUCUCCAAACAAGAGCCGGUCGAUGAUGGGAUUAGGAUCAAACCUUCGAAAGAUAGGCCUACGACAGAAGGUCGAAAGCCAUCUGUGUCGAUGGAAGGAGGCUUGAGGCUAUCUGCUUCAUACGAUGACGGUAUCAGAGUGACGCCUUCGAAAACAAGUUCAAAUGAUGAUGGCAUCAGGAUACGACCGUGUAGAGAGAGCUCGCCUCAAUCCGAAUUGAGAGUGAAACCUGUUCGGAAAGACGGAAGCAAGAGACGCCCCAAAUCUGAGCACGACUCACCUACGCCUACCCCGAGGAAGAAGAGCAACCAAAAUCUGAAGCCUCCAACAGAAUCUGAGGGCAGAUCUAGAGUCACAUCUCAUGCUACAACUCACGAAGAUGAAGACGAUAACUACUCCUACGUGACACCAACGAGGCAAGGCUCCAGAGGCAAAGGUCGAAAAUCACUUACUCCUCCUGAGUCGAUGGAUGAGAUACCCUUUGGAAACUCGGCGUUAAGUGUUCUUGAGCUUCCAGUUGGUGCUGAAGCUGGGUCAAUGAGAAGACCUGGACCGAAGCGAAAUCCCAGCUUCGCUGCUGUGCCUAAAGUUCUAAAGAGAGUGUACACAGAAGGCAAGAAGAUGAUGCAUGAUUCUGUAGAGCCACCCAGAGGUGGAACAAAUCAACCGCCGAGCAUCGAUUCUUGGUUGAAUGGGACAGUCGAUCCGUUUGUUGAAGGUCCAGCGCCCGCGGUAGCCAGCUUAGAGGUCCCAGAGGCACCAAUUUCGCGGAUGCCAAGUUACAAGGAAGAGGAUCGGACAGAAAAAGAACUUGAACGCGAUCUUGAGCAUACGGAGCCUAGGCGGAAACGAAGGAAUCGGAAAUCACUGGAAAAGGAGGAACAACAGGUGGAGCCUUCGCCUGUUGAGCACAAGAAUCGAAAUACUCUCCCUAGCAUGGAGAACUCCCCACCUGCCUCUCCGUCUGGUCUGAGAAGGAGCCCUGCAACUCGCAAUACCUCAUCCCCAAAAUCUGCACGGAAGCUAUCCUUGAAAGAAGCUGUGUUUGAUGCUUUCAAAGGGGAAUCUUCGAUGGGGAAAUCUGCCCCAAGUCCGUUUGAUUUCAUUGGAUUGAGAGAGAAAGAUAUCAACCGAGCCGAAGAAUACAGAUCAAGAGACUUAGAUUCUGUGCCGGAAGAUCCUCCACCCAGACACAGUCCACGAGCUCAAGACAAGCCAGCCUUUGAGGAACCGAAAGUAUCAAGGGCUCCGCCAUCAUUCCCUAGGCGAUUGGCGCCUACUACUGGAGGCCACAGACUAUCCACUAUUGCAUCUGUUGAAACGUUCAGUACCCUCUCAUCGGGAUCUUCACUCACAGAAACCUCAACUGGAUCAGAGCUUUCUCACACUACGGUCACACAGAGUAGUGUACUCACUGGAACAUCCGCAUCGAGUCUCUCCCGACAUAGCAAAGUAUCAACAAGCAACAAGCAUGGCCUGAAGAGGCGAUUAACCAAGCAUUCAGACCUGGUGUCUAUGCUGUCUCUUCCCGAUGCUGAAGUUCCGGGACGAGGACACAGCAUCAAAUCAGCUCGCAGUAUCCGAACAACCAGAACGAACCUCGAUACAGCUACUGUCCACGACCUGAUGAAGGAACUGGCUGAAGAUGAGACGAAGUAUAUGCGCGAAUUGAACACUCUGGUCGAUGGAGUCAUUCCUGUACUUCUCACAGCGGUGCUGUCGAAAUCAGAUUCUGCUGUUGCAGCUGGCCUAUUCGAUCCUAAUGGCACCGACAACUCGUUCACCAAGCCCAUUGUUGACAUGGGUGUCGCCCUGGAACGAUUAAAGAGCCUCCAUAAGCGGAUUCCUCUUACGAGCCAAGACGAUUUUCUCCGUUGGGCCCAAUCUGCGUGCAAGACUUAUGAAGAUUACUUGCGUGCCUGGCGCUCUGGGUUCGAAGAUGUGGUCGUCAAUCUAGCCCCGGCUUCUCGUACCUCCUCUUUGGCUGAGAACUCAGACCCUGCUAAGAUGCGGAUCAAUGAGAAUGGCGAUGUUCUUCGUGACACCGGAGAACGAGCAGAUGUAGGGUAUAUGCUGAAGAGGCCCUUGGUUCGUAUCAAGGGCCUGGCGAAGGCCGCAAGGGGGUUUGACAAGCUCUUAAAUACGGAAACCUCCAAAAGCGUCACUGAUGCUUAUGAGGAAUUAGAGAAAUAUCGCCGACAGCGUAUACGAGCAGAGGUCGCUCGAAAGGAGGAUCAGCGAGCAAACAACACCGAUGCUUCCCGCGCCCGAGAUCCGAAGACAAUGGCCCAUACCAAAGAUGUCACAAUCAACCGAGAGCGUCAAGUCUACAUGAAGGAUCUAUUCUCAUUUGAGAUGAUCCAUUCCAAUGGCCAGCAUCUGGAGUGUGAAGUUGAACUGACUCUGCGUGUCAAUGAGAACAACAAGAGUGACUCUGGGGAUGUCCUGAUUUGCCAGACGGAUGGCACCAAAUACUUCCUCCUCUUCCCGCCUGUCUCUAUGGAUUUCAUCUCAGCUCGAAAGGGAGAUAGUGAGACGGAGCUGGUUCUCAUGAUUAGAGGGCAAGACGUCACACGUUCAGAAUGGAGAGAAAGCUUCAUGAUUGAUGCCAAAGAGGUUGAGGUUGCAACAGAAUGGCUGGAGAAACUUGGUACUAGUCCCGUUCCACCGCCAAUUAUACACUAUAAAUCGAAGCUUGAUCCCGAGCUCGAGACGGUCCUCUCCGAAGCUGGUGAUGAUACGAGAAGUAUCAUAGGAGCCUUGAAAUCAGCUAAGACAGACGAUAUACCGCUCGGCGAACGGCCCAGGCGAGAAGCCGAGAAAUCUGUAUCUGGUGGCGUACCGGGGCUUAUGCACACUGUCUACAACACCUUCUCGGAAGACAGGAUCAGUGAGCUUGGAGAGUAUAGUAUCCUGGAUGUCAAAGAUCUGAACGAUGCUAUGCACAAAGCUGGGAAGAAACCGCUUGUUUUGCAGAAAUCCAGACCGACUACCCCGCAACGCCCGAGACCUUCAAGAUACCAUGGAAAGAACGUCGAGGUUUGUGCUAUCCCAUGUGUUAUGUCUGGAGCUCUGAACGGAGAUGACAAGGCCGAGACAGCCGAUAGGAAAGGAGAUGAGAAGACGGCUGGCACAAUGCUUGGUGAUAUACCGAAGUUGCGGUCACCAAGUACACCAGGGAAGACAAGCACUCCUCUGAAGGAAUCAAUGAGACCAGAGCCGGAGAGCAUGAAGAGAUACCACAAGACAACACCGACGAAGACCGAGGACACUCCCCCACCUCCGCCAGUUCACAGAACUCCAUCACCUACGCUCAAGAUCACCCCUCCACUCGACUCACCGACUCCACGAGGGAGGAACCGCCGUACUUCGUCUCCUCUGAAGCAUGAAUAUCAACCAUCUGAUGCGUCGGGUACAUCAUCUUCCUCGGAGCAGUCUGAUUCUGAUUCGUACACGGAAUCGUCGGACGAGUCAGCCGAUGAGCUAGAUGAGCUGGACGAAUUGGAAGCGGAAGACACUGGACCCACAACUGCCGCAACUCUGCCUGCGUCUCGCCCAACCUCAAUAUACAACCAUCCAAAUGCUAGCUUAGCUCCCUCCAACUCUGCGUCCCAGCCGCCAUUCAUAAACAGGCCUACAGCUCCAAGACCAAGUACCGCCACCAAGAAGAUUGCGGCUAUGGUCUCGCUCUGGUCGGACAAGAGAGGUAAAUGGGAGGAUAUAUACCCCGAUCCCUGCUCAGUUGUUGUUGGCCCUGGACGUGUAGAAUGCUUUGAUCUCAGCUCCAUCCAUUCAUCUCCGGCUAUGGGCUCGGAUAUUGAGACGCCAAAGAAGCACAGCCGAGAUUCGGAUCCAUUGGUUGGGCAGGAUAUCACGCCGCAUGUCAACCUUCGUCAGAGUACUCGCAUCGAUAUCGAAAUUACUGCACCGCCAUCUGCAAGCUCCAGAAUGAAAGGCGUCGCCCUCACGCUCAGAUAUCGAACACUAAACCAACAAGAUUGUGAUGCGCUCUAUGCUGCACUACAUAAAGCUCGUAUGGAGAACCUGAAAUUCAAGAUGAUGGAACAACAGCGCAUGUUCGCUGCUUAUGGUCAGAACAGUGCAUAUGAGAAGGCUGUUGCUGGUAGUCGACACGGUUCCCUACUGAGAAAGCAGAGUUUCAGAAGAUCGUCAGCGAAUGCUCCUCCACAAAGUUCAACGGGAAGCGAGCAAAGCAGUCUCAGUUCCGCCAUCUCAGCAGUCAAGCGCUUCGGCAUCGGCGGCAUCUUCAACAUCUCCAAAUCAACCGUCCAAGCCGGCCAAGGCCACAUGUCAACAAGCUCGUCCGACUACUCAGGCGCCACCCCACCACACACCACCAGCCCCAGCAUCGCCGCCAGCGGAAGCAUGUUCAGCAACGGCAUCACAGUCCGCGACCUCGGCUGGCAAGACCUCAAGAUCCGCCUGUACAUCGGCCUCCCAGGCAACAAAUGGGAUGAUCGCGGUGGUGCCCGCCUCACGGUCACGGCUCCUCCGCCUGGCAUGCGUCAAGCUUCUGCUCUGGAUCACGGGCCCGAAAAGCGCAUCACCAUCACGCAGCGAGUGCUUGAUGUUGGUAACCCGCAGGUCCUCCUCGACUGCGUGCUCGGCGCCAAGUGUUUCAGUAAGCUUGGGCAGCGCGGCGUCGUCGCUUCCAUCUGGGAGGAUAUCGUGGGUGAUGAUGGCACGGUGGGCAUCAUGCGUGCUACGGGGGGUGUGUCGGGCAAGAUGAGGAAGUGGUGUUUCCAGACGGCUAGGGCGGGAGAUUGUGAGUGGAUUUAUAUGCUGUGUAGAAGUGGGAUGGCUUGAGUGAGAUGGCAAAAUAGGAGGCAUAGAAGGGGAGGGAGGGGUAGAAGGGGAGGGGCACAAGUAUAUUGAGAUGUCGCUUAUGUUGUUACGAGUCUCCUUGAUUUGUUGUUGCUAUACCAUGUUUUGCAUGCAUGUCUUGCACUGUACUUAUAAUUCCGCCUUCUGUUAUCUCGUUUAUUUUAUUUGAGUUGAGUUGAGUUGAGUUGCGUUUAUCUGCGGUACGUUUUGUUGUAGAUACUUGGGGGAGAUAUAUGGGUGCGGCGGGGGGCUUUAAUUUGAGUGCAUGGCUGGGGCGGCGGCGGCGGCAUGUUCUUAGAAAGGGGAUAUAGGAAAUGAAACGAAAGGAAAGGGAAGGGGGAUGGGUUAUUUUUUUUUUGUUUUGUGUUUAGCUGGGUGUUUGAGGGGGUCUGGGGUCUGGGGUCUGUAGUUUUGUUCUCUCUUUUGUUUUUUUUUCUGGGGGGUUUAGAUUGGGGUGGGUGGGUGGGUGGGAUGGAUGAUGAAAGAGAGUCAGAGAGGAUGACUACGUAGAGAAGGUGUAGAGAGGGAGUGUGUGUGAUUGAAUGAAUGAAUGGAAAAAUGAUUUUAGAUCUUCAUGGUUGAACACUAGUGGCGAAGUGUACUAUGAGUGUGAGUGAGGUUUGUUUGGGUAUUCUGUGCCGUGAUGUGUGGACGUGAAGUGUAUUUCGAAGGUGUAUGGUCGCUAGUAAACUGGAAGGAGCUCGGCUCGGCUCGGCUCGGCUAAUUCCAGGGAUUGUUUGGAUCAUUGG